AUGACACAUUUGUCUGAAUAUCAGUUUUCUGGAAUGCCAAAUGUUUUUAGAAUGAUGCUAAAUGAGAAUCAAAUAUCAAAAGUCUUGAAUGGUUCCUUCUCGGGCUUGAAAAGUUUAAAGAAGUUGGUUUUACGAACUAACAGAAUAUCUUAUAUUGCACAUGCAGCCUUUGAAGGACUAAUUCAAAUACAAGACAUAGGUCUAUCAAAAAAUAAAAUUAAGUCUGUCCAGUUAAUUAAUACUAGCUUCAGCUUAAUUCAGCAUUUAGACCUAUCUCAUAACGUUAUCCGUAAAUCUAUUAUACUAUCCGGCAAUAAUCUUCAAAAGCUAGACUUCAGCAACAAUCGAAUUUUAGACAUUAAUAAUCAAAUUAUCCCAAAUACUCAAGAAUUUCCUAAAAUAAGAGCAUUGUAUAUUAAAAGCAAUAAACUAAAUCAAAUUCAUCAACGGGCAUUCCAGAACCUACAGAAUUUGGAGAUUUUAGACCUGCAAAAUAACAACAUCAGAGUUUUAUCUUUUGCAGAGAAUCUACGCAGUCUUGAGAAGCUUAUUAUGGGCAAGAAUAAGAUUCAGCAGCUAAAAUCACAAUAUUUUCAAAAUCUAACAAAUCUUACCGAACUGGAUGUAAGCUGCAAUCAAAUCAGACGAUUAGAAAAUCACAUGUUUAAAUCCUUAACAAAAUUAAAAUCGCUCAAAUUAUCUGGUAAUCGUAUAGAAUUAAUUAAAACUCAAGCUUUUAAUGGUUUGAUUGCUCUAACUAAUUUGCAACUGGAAUAUAAUUUAAUCCAAUCAAUUGAUGGUAUAUUCAAGAAUCAUCUUCAGAAUUUACAGACAUUGAACAUAUCUAAUAAUAAAAUUACAUCGAUUGGAGGCUCCUCUUUCCUCUCCAUGUCUUACUUAGAACAGCUACGAUUGGCAUCAAAUAAUAUAUCGUUUAUUCACCAUAACUGCGCGUCAGUUUUCUCACGGUUAAAUAAAAUUGAUUUCAAUUUUAACAACUUAGUCCGAAAUGGCAUCAAUAUCAGCAAUUCUAUUCUCGAUAGCUUGAGUGGAUUCCCGUUCGAGCUGAAAUUGGCUGGAAAUAACAUCAAGCAUUUACAGACAAGCUACUUUCGACAAAAUAUCUUACUUAGAUCAAUAGAUAUUGGCUACAAUGAACUAAAUGAUGAAGAAAUGGCCGGAUUAAUUUCGUCUAUAAUAAUUCUGAAUGAGGAGUGCCAGUCAUUUAAGAAAAUUUUUCGUUGCUACGAGUAUUCAAUGUAUAUAUCGAAUAACCGAAUUCAAUAUUUUACCAAUUUCAAGAAAUUACAGUUUUACAAACUCAGAAUUCUGUCUGCAAAUAAAAAUAAUAUCAAAGUAUUACAGAGUCGUUGCUUUCAAUAUUCAUCUAAACUAAAAUUUAUAUCGCUGAAAGAAAAUCCAAUCAAUUCUCUCAACCCUCGAUCAUUUUAUGGACCCCCUAUAUUAGAUACAGUAUUGUCAACGCGAGAUUAUUUAUGUUGUUAUGUACCUGCUCAAGUCACAUUUUGUACACCCAUUUAUGAUCAGGACGCAUUGUCUACGUGCGAUGAUAUGCUAUCUCAUCCAACGCUGCAAUAUUUUGUAUGGAUAAUAGGAAUUACAGCAUUUGUCGGAAAUAUUUUAGUAUUUCUCCAUUAUUGCCAACAAAGUAAACAAAAGCAUCCACCCAUAUCAGUUACUACUGUUUUGCUAACUAACCUGGCAUUAGCUGAUUUCUUUAUGUCAAUCUACCUGAUUAUUAUUGGUAUUGCGGAUCAAAUCUAUCGUGGAUACUAUUCCAUGUAUGUAGAACCAUGGUUAACGAGUGUGCCUUGCUAUUCCGCAUCAUUCCUGGUAUCAUUAUCAAGUUUAAUGUCGGUAUAUAUGAUGAUCAUUAUUAGCAUUGAUCGCUUUAUAUGUAUUACUUUCCCAUUUUCAACAAAAAGAUUAAAAGUUUCCAGUGCAAGAAAUGUGCUGUUGGUCGGUUGGUUAUUCUGUAUUGUUUUUGCUGGCAUACCAGUAGUCUUCAGCAUAGGCAAACCAGGAGAGAGCCGCCUCUACAAGUAUAGCAGUAUAUGCAUGCCUAGUAAUGUCAAUAACGUUUACUAUAGAACUUGGAUAUUGUGCUAUACUUUCUUGACCAUGGUAGCCUGGAUACUAACAUGCGCUUUAUAUUUUGGCAUGUUUUUCUCUAUGCGUCAAUCUAGCAAAUCAGUUCGUAAAAUCGGAUCUGUAAAUCGCGACAGAAAAAUUGCCAUACGGUUAUUUUUAAUCAUUAUUACUGAUUUAGCCUCUUGGAUGCCUUAUUAUAUCUUAGUUAUUCAAGUUCUUUUUACUGGUACAAUUGACAUCAUCGUCUUACAGUUUGUCAUCAUUUUUGCAUUACCAAUAAAUUCUGCUAUUAAUCCUUACUUAUAUACGAUUACAAACCUAUCUACAUUUAAUAAAGCUUUUAGUCAAGUUGUACCUAGUGGCGUCCACCAGGCAAUAACUAAUAUAAGAAGUACAGAAUUAACACGACAAGGUAGCGAAAUAUCUCGUCGCCAACGCGAAUUUAAUCUGUCACAUGCUACAAGAAGCGAUAGUGUAACACCGAGAAAGAGUAUCAGCGUAAUACUACUAGAUGAGAAACAAUCGUCUAAUUUAAUCGUAGAUCAAACACCAGUAGGACAAGGCAUAUUUAAAGAAGUCGAAUUUGGAUAUUCCGAUACGCUUACUAAUAUUAGCGGUCAAACUGUUAAGCAUGGAUUGCAUCAUAUUACCCCUAGGCGCAAUGAUCCAUCUUCUAUUACUAACAUUCAUUAA